AUGUUGAUACCGGUCUCGUCCCCGCCAUCCUCCAGCAACGGAGAUGGCGCCAUCAAACUCUUUGUCGGGCAAAUACCGCGCCAUCUCGAAGAGGACGCCUUACGGCCGAUGUUCGAGGAAUUUGGCAAAAUUUACGAGUUCACUGUACUCAAGGACAAGUACACUGGCAUGCACAAGGGUUUAACUAAGAUGAGCGGUAGCGAAGUAUUCUGGUGCGGUAUAGAAAAUGUCGGAAAACGGCGUCGUCGGUGGACGAUAGAGCAGGACAGAGGAAAAGCGUAG